ACAGCUCUGGGGGGGCCAUGCCGGGUCCCCGGGUGCUCCCCAACCCCAGCGAGGCUCUACCAGGCAGAGUGGGGCGGCUGCAGGUGAAGGCCACCCACGCCGUCACCGGGAACCCCACACUGCCUCCGUUCCCCCCUGAGAUGCAGACGGCGAUUUUCGGCAUGGGCUGCUUCUGGGGAGUGGAGCGGCUCUUCUGGGAGAUGCCGGGGGUCUUCUCCACCCAGGUGGGGUACGCGGGGGGCUUCACCCCCAAUCCCACCUAUGAGGAAGUGCGCUCAGGGCGGACGGGGCACGCUGAGGUGGUGCGGGUGGUGUUCGACCCCCACAAGAUCAGCUAUGAGGAACUGCUGAGGGCCUUCUGGGAGAACCACGACCCCACACAGGGGAUGCGGCAGUGGGAGGACGUGGGCACUCAGUACCGCUCCGUCAUCCUCACGCUGAGCCCCCAGCAGCAGGCGGCCGCGCUGCGCAGCAGGGAUGCUUACCAGCAGGAGCUGAGGCAGCAGCACCGAGGGGACAUCACGACCAGCAUCCAGCCGGCGGGUGACUUCUACUACGCCGAGGACCACCACCAGCAGUACCUGCACAAGGUGCCCGGGGGGUACUGCGGCCUGAAGGGCACCGGGGUCCCCUGCCCCACUGCGCCUUAAUUCCCCGUGCAUCCCCAGCACGAUGUCCCCACGUCCCCCAAAGUGCCACCCACACUCUGUGCUGGGAGAUUAAAGCUGCAUCCCCUCCAUCA